AGGCUUCACUCACACCCAGUGCAGCCGCAUCGACAAGCUCUCAGUGCUCAGCUCAAAGUCAGGCCUCGGGAGGAAAAAUGGGCGCCCACGGCUCCAACCUGGACGAUGUCCUGGAGGAGGACAUGCACCACUGGUACACCAAGUUCAUGAAGGAGUCUCCGUCGGGGCUCAUGACGCUGUUCGAGCUGAAGACGACGCUGGAGAUGAACGGCAUGACGGAGGAGGCCAGCAGCUACGUGGACCAGGUCUUCUUCACCUUCGACAUGGACGGGGAUGGCUAUUUAGACUUUGUUGAAUACAUUGCAGCAAUAAGCUUGUUACUAAAAGGGGAAGUGAACCAGAAGCUAAAAUGGUACUUCAAGCUCUUUGAUCAAGACGGAAAUGGAAAAAUUGACAAAGAAGAACUGGAGACUAUAUUUAAGGCAAUUCAAGACAUCACCAGGAGCUAUGACUUUUGCCCAGAGGAGAUUGUGAUUCUUAUAUUUGAAAGGAUUGAUAUCAACAAAGAAGGUGAGCUGACGCUGGAGGAGUUCAUCAGUGGAGCGAAGGAGCACCCUGACAUAAUGGAGAUACUCACCAAGAUGAUGGAUCUCACCCACGUCCUAGAAAUCAUCAUUAAAGGCCAACCCAAGAAGGUCAAGGGCUAAAUUUGUCAUCAACAAACUGAGCUGGUGAAGAGUCGAUGGCUGAGCGUGGUGAACAGCCGAGUCCCCCAGAAUGAAGCUGAAUGAAUGUAUCAUCCUGCUUGUGAUCUUGCGUGUCGGCCUUUCAAAUGAGUCAGACUGAAGGUGAUAUGCUUCUGUAGUCAGGUCCAUCAGUUGUGACAUCAUGCUUUAAAGCAAAACAAGGAUAAUAAUGGCUGUGGUUGAAAAACUACACUGAUGAAUUCAUGAGGAAAUUUGAUGGAAGCUACAAAUGUAGAAAAACUAUAUACAUGUAAAACUAUAACACAUAACAUGUAUAAAAAAUGUAAUGUUUCACAAUUUAUUGCUUUAGGUCACAAAGUUGCCUUAAAAUAAUUAGUUAUUAGUUUUUGCUUAAAGUUGAUUUUAUUUUUGUUCUUGUUAAUGAUCAUUCUACAGUUCCUUGUUGUUCCACGUCGUGAGCACAACUCACUCAAAUUCAUCAUUUGGGGAUGAUGAAUUUGAUGUGCUGCACACUGAUAGAUAAAGUUCAACUCUGUUGUGGCUUCGUAGCUCAGUAGAAGCAGAUGUAUUUAUUUAUGAACAUAUCCUCAAAAAGGUGAAGCUUAUGCUUCACAAACGUAAACUUUACGAAUGAUGGGUUUUUGAAUCUUACUCCAAAUCAGCAGUAAUUUUUGUCUUUUUGAAUUAAACAUAAAUUGAAAUAUA